AUGGCUAAUCGAACUGUGGAGGAGAUUUACCAAAAGAAAACACAGCAUGAACACAUUUUGUCUCGCCCUGACAUGUACAUUGGCACAAUUGAACCUGUCACGGAGGACAUGUGGCUCUACGACGAGGCGGAGAAUAUCAUGAAGUUACGAAAGUGCACUUGGACGCCCGGGCUUUAUAAAAUAUUUGACGAAAUUCUUGUCAAUGCCGCGGACAACAAAGUGCGGGACCCGCUCGGUCAGACUGCCAUCAAAGUGUGGAUUGACGCCGAGAGGGGUAUGGUGCGGGUAUACAACAACGGCGAGGGUAUCCCCGUGCAGCGGCACCGCGAGCACAACUUGUGGGUACCAGAGAUGAUUUUCGGUUAUUUGCUGACGUCAUCCAAUUACGAUGACACCGAGGCGAAAGUCACUGGCGGCCGAAAUGGCUUUGGUGCAAAGUUAACGAAUGUGUUUUCCACGCGGUUUGAGGUGGAGACGGUGCAUAGCCGCUCUCGCAAGAAAUUCUUUAUGCGGUGGCGGAACAACAUGUUGGAAAGCGAGGAACCCGUCAUUACGCCGUCUGAGGGGCCGGACUACACCGUCGUGACAUUUUACCCGGACUUUGCGAAGUUCAACCUUCAGGGGUUUGGCGAAGACAUGGUGCACAUGAUGCGACGUCGUGUGUAUGAUGUAGCAGGCUGCACAGACAAGUCCCUUCGCUGCUACCUCAACGAUACAAAGAUUGCCUGUUCCUCCUUUCUAGAGUAUGUGGAUCUGUACCCAAUGAUGGGCGAGGAGAGAAAGGCGGCGAGUUAUGCCCGCGUGAAUGGCCGGUGGGAGGUGUGUGUGCGUGUGUCAAACAUCGGGUUUCAGCAGGUGAGCUUUGUGAACUCCAUCGCCACCACGCGGGGUGGAACACACGUGAGGUACAUCACGGACCAGGUGAUCGCAAAGGUGACGGAGCAGGCGAAGCGCAAGAGCAAGACGGAGGUGAAACCGCACAUGAUUCGUCCCCACCUUUUUGUGUUCAUCAACUGCCUCGUCGAGAACCCCGGCUUUGACUCGCAGACGAAGGAGACACUGAACACGCCAAAGAACCGCUUUGGAUCCACCUGCGACCUCCCACCCUCCAUGAUCGAUUGCAUUCUGAAAUCCAGCAUUGUGGAGCGGGCGGUGGAGAUGGCGAACAGCAAACUGACGCGGGAGAUUGCCUCCAAACUGCGCAACGCCGACCGCAAGCAGAUUCUUGGAAUUCCCAAAUUAGAUGACGCGAAUGAAGCGGGCGGAAAGUAUAGCCAUCGUUGUACCCUUAUCCUCACGGAGGGGGACUCAGCAAAGGCGCUUUGUACGGCCGGACUUGCCGUGAAGGACCGUGACUACUUUGGCGUGUUUCCAUUGCGUGGGAAACCCCUCAACGUGCGUGACGCAACACUGAAAAAAGUAAUGGCGUGUGCAGAGUUUCAAGCUGUCAGUAAGAUCAUGGGCCUUGACAUUCGUCAAAAGUACAGCGGCGUGGAACGGUUGCGUUACGGACACCUGAUGAUCAUGUCAGAUCAGGAUCAUGAUGGCUCCCACAUCAAAGGCCUCAUCAUCAACAUGAUUCACCACUAUUGGCCAGAUUUAAUUAAGACACCUGGAUUCCUGCAGCAGUUCAUUACGCCUAUUGUUAAGGCACGUAAAAAAGGACGUUCCGAUGGUGACGAUCGUGCCAUUUCCUUCUUUUCAAUGCCGGACUACUUUGAGUGGAAGAACGCCAUUGGCGAUGGCAUACGAAACUACGAAAUACGGUACUACAAAGGGCUCGGUACCUCAGGCGCGAAGGAGGGACGUGAGUAUUUUGAGAAUAUUGACCGUCACCGGCUUGACUUUGUGCAUGAGGACGCAACCGAUGACGCCCGCAUUGUCAUGGCCUUCGCGAAGGACAAAGUAGAGGAAAGAAAGCACUGGAUCACACAAUUUAAGGCGAACACAAAUGUGAACGAGUCUAUGAACUACAACGUUCGAACUGUGAGGUACUCGGAAUUUGUGGACAAGGAGCUGAUUCUUUUUUCUGUGGCCGAUUGCGAACGUUCCAUCCCGAGUGUAAUAGACGGCUUGAAGCCUGGACAGCGUAAGAUUAUUUUUUCUUCCUUCAAGCGUCGUCUCACACGUUCCAUUAAGGUGGUCCAACUCGCCGGUUAUGUCUCUGAGCAUGCGGCGUACCACCACGGGGAACAAUCGCUGGUACAAACGAUUGUGGGACUUGCCCAGAAUUUUGUGGGCUCCAAUAAUGUACCGCUUCUGCAGCAAGACGGUCAGUUUGGUACACGACUCCAGGGGGGAAAAGAUCAUGCUGCGGGUCGUUACAUAUUUACCCGCCUCACAAACAUUGCGCGGUACAUUUAUCACCCAUCGGAUGACUUUGUUGUGGACUACAAGGAUGAUGAUGGUCUUUCGGUGGAGCCUUUUUACUACGUGCCGGUCAUUCCGAUGGUGUUGGUGAAUGGCACCUCCGGUAUCGGGACGGGGUUUGCGACGAACAUCCCCAACUACUCACCCCUUGAAGUCAUAGAUAACUUGAUGCGUCUUUUACGGGGGGAGGAGGUUCAACCGAUGAAGCCAUGGUACUUUGGUUUCGCCGGCACCAUUGAAGAGAAGGAAAAGGGAAAAUUUGUCUCCACAGGGUGUGCCAAUGUGCGACCGGACGGUGUUGUGCAAAUCACAGAGCUGCCUAUUGGGACGUGGACGCAGGGUUAUAAAAAGUUUCUUGAGGAGCUGCGCGAGAAGGAGGUUGUGGUACAGUACCGCGAACACAACACAGAUGUGACAGUUGAUUUUGAGGUCUUCUUACACCCCGAGGUGCUCCAUCAUUGGGUGGCGCAAGGCUGUGUGGAGGAGAGGCUGCAGCUGCGUGAGUACAUCCACGCCACAAACAUCAUUGCCUUUGACAGGGAGGGGCAGAUCACGAAGUACCGCGACGCCGAGGCGGUACUAAAGGAGUUUUAUUUGGUGCGCCUUGAGUACUACGCAAAGCGGCGAGAUUUUUUGAUUGGUGACCUGCGAUCUGUUGCGUCCAAGCUGGAGAACAUGGUGCGCUUUGUGACGGAGGUGGUGGACGGCCGCCUUAUUGUGACGCGGCGACGCAAGAAGGAGCUGCUGGAGGAGUUGCGACAGCGCGGCUACGCCCCGUUCCCUCUCCAGCAGAAGAAGAAGGUGAGCUCCACCACAAUCCAGCAGGGGGAGGAGGAGGGUGCAGCGGAUGCCACACACGCCACGGCGGAGGACGUUUUUCUUGUGCUGCAGCCCGCCGUCGAUGAGGGGGGAGAUGAGGACAAUCAAGAAACCCCCGAGAUGCGACGUGCUGCGCGGGACUACGACUAUUUAUUAGGGAUGCGGCUGUGGAAUUUGACUGCGGAAAUGAUCGCGCGGCUGCAGUCGCAGCUGCAGAAGGCGCGUGAUGAACUUGCUGCGCUGGAGAAGCGGACACCGAAGGAUUUGUGGGCGGAGGACCUUAACCAGCUGCGUCCACGCAUUGAGAAUUUAUUUGAGGAACGCGCAAAGGAGAUUGCAUCCAUUCAGCGGAAGAAGAUGGAGAAGAAGCGAUCGUUCGACCCGCGACGGCUGCGUGUGCCGCUGCUGUCGGAGAAGGCGCGACAGGCACUCGCGAAGGAGUUCAUCAAAACCGAAAAGAAGGGCGGUCGUGCGGCACGCGUGGAUGGCGACGCGGGUGGCGACCGUAAAAACCCAUCAGUCGGGCGUAAACCCGCGGCAAAGCGGAGACGGAAGAAGAACUCAGAUGACGACAGCGAUGACGUUGAUGGUGAUGACGAUCUCUUUAUGAGUGAUGCCAGCGGCGGCGGUGGUGGAAGGGGUUGGCGGCCCGACGACGACGACGAAGACGGCGGCAGCGAUGGUGUCGUGCUGGGCGAUGACGGCCCCGGCAACAACGCGGGCGGCGGGGCAAAGAAGCCGCAGCCGAAGCGACCGGCGGCGAAGCGGGCACCGCGGAAACCGAAGGAGGAAGGCCUCAAACGUGUCAAGAAGGAGGCAGCGAAGAAAGUUGUCGUCACCGAUGACUUUGACAUUGACGACUUUGGCAUUGAGGCUCUCACACGCACCGCGCCGAAAUGUAACAACAAAAACACCACCACCACCGCCAAAACAACAACUGCAGCGUUCAUACCACCACCACCACAAUCAACGCGGGUGGCUCCAGUAAUUGACACGGACACAGACGACGAUCUUGCGCUUCUGGGCGUCAGCAGCGUCGAUAAGAAGAAGUUGGCUCCCGUGCCACCGGCAAAGCGGUCACCACAACGGCCGAAAUCACAACCGAAGAAGUCGCAAGGCUCCAGGAAACGUCGCCGCAGCAGCAGCCGCAGCAGCAGCCGCAGCAGCAGCGAUGAAGACUCUUUUUUUGAUGACGACGAUGACGAUGAUGAAGACGACGAUGAUGAGGCUUCGAGCGGUUCAUCGUCAUAUGACUUCAGUGAUUAA